CACACACACACACACACACACACUCAUCCCGCUUGAAUCCUGGGGCAGGAACUCAGAAAACUUCCAGCCCCGGCAGCGCGCGCUUGGUGCAGGACGCAGGAGCGAGCAGCCCGUCCCCCUCCGGCUCUCCGGUGCCGCUGCCGCCCGCUCCCGCCACCCGAAGAGGCGCGGUGCCACCCACUGCUCCGUCCCUCGCCCGCGCUCAGUGCCCGACCCGAUCCCGGCCGGCUCUCCCCAUCCUGCCUCUGCUUCCCAACGGCCCAAGGCGCUAUUUGCUUUCUCUCUCUUUCUCUUUCUUGCUCUGCGAGCGCGGAGAGGGGGGGAAGAGGAGGAGGAAUUCUUUCCCCGCCUAACAUUUCAAGGGACACAAUUCACUCCAAGUCUCUUCCCUUUCCAAGCCUCUUCCGAAGUGCUCCCGGUGACCGCAACUCCUGAUCCCAAACCGAGGGGGAGCCUCUCCAGCGUCCGACCCUCUUUUUCUUCGCCUUCGCUUUCCUGCUCCUCUCGCUACCUCCACCUCCACCGCCACCUCCACCUCCGGCACCCACCCACCGCCGCCGCCGCCACCAGCAGCGCCUCCUUCUCUCCUCCUCCUCCUCCCUCUGCUCUCUUUUGGCAGCCGCUGGACGUCCGGUGUUGAUGGUGGCAGCGGCGGCAGCCUAAGCAGCAGCAGCCCUCGCAGCACGCCCGCUCUCGCUCCCCCUGCCUCGGUCUCCAGCCCUAUCACCCCGUCUCCCGAGAGGUACCGGGCGGAUUCGGGGCGGCCGAGGCCAAGCGGCUGCAGCGGCGGUAGCGGCGGCGGCGGCAGCGGUAGCAGCGGCGGCGGCGGCGGGAGGCAGGAUGAGCGCACGCGGUGAGGGCGCCGGGCAGCCGUCCACUUCAGCCCAGGGACAACCUGCCGCCCCGGCGCCUCAGAAGAGAGGACGCGGCCGACCCAGGAAGCAGCAGCAAGAGCCAACCGGUGAGCCCUCUCCUAAGAGACCCAGGGGAAGACCCAAAGGCAGCAAAAACAAGAGUCCCUCCAAAGCAGCUCAAAAGAAAGCAGAAGCCACUGGAGAAAAACGGCCAAGAGGCAGACCUAGAAAAUGGCCACAACAAGUCGUUCAGAAGAAGCCUGCUCAGGAGGAGACUGAAGAGACAUCCUCACAAGAGUCUGCAGAAGAGGAUUAGGGGCCGCCAACGUACGAUUUCUACCUCAGCAGCAGUUGGAUCUUUUGAAGGGAGAAGACACUGCAGUGACCACUUCCCCUCUAUCGGCAUGGUCUUUCCACUUUCAUCUGGGGGGUGGGGGCGGGACGGGGGUGUGUGUGGGGGGGAGAAGUCACAUAACCUUAAAAAGGACUAUAUUAAUCACCUUCUUUGUAAUCCCUUCACAGUCCCAGGUUUAGUGAAAAACUGCUGUAAACACAGGGGACACAGUUUAACAAUGCAACUUUUAAUUACUGUUUUCUUUUUCUUAACCUACUAAUAGUUUGUUGAUCUGAUAAGCAAGAGUGGGCGGGUAAGAAAAACUCUGAACCGGGUUUAGUCAAUCACUGCACUGCAUACAAACAGGAAACGUGUCACACUUGUGACACCGGGCAUUCAUGUAGGAAAGGCACAGCGUGUACCGCUGUGGACGCCUCAACCACCACCCGACCCACUCGAGUAGUGAAGCUUCUGUUUAGAACACCAAAGAUAGGACUAGAUAACUACUUCUCUCUUUUUCGUAUAAUCUUGUAGACACUUACUUGAUGAUUUUUUAACUUUUUAUUUCUAAAUGAGACGAAACGCUGAUGUAUCCUUUCAUUUAGCUAACAAACCAGAAAAGGUUAUGUUCAUUUUUCAAAAAGGGAAGUAAGCAAAGAUUGCCACCUCCUGUGUUUCUGGAUAUCUCUCAUAUCCACAGGAGUAAUAAAUUUACUCAUAGCGCUCGUUUUCAGGAAAACACUCAACUGGGUAGAAUCUACUUCCUACAGAGCCAGAUGCCACUUAGCGAUAAAUCACACUUGUCAGCCUCCAAGCAUUUAAGGAACCUAGACAAGUAAAAUUAUCCUCUUUGUGAUUUAAUGAAAAGGUACAACAGAAUAAUGCAUGAUGAACUCACCUGAAUUAUGAGGUGGGAGGAGCGAAAUCUAAAUUUCUUUUGCUAGAGUUAUGCUACAGUUUAAAAAACACAAAAAGCAGUCUCUCUCUCUCUUUGUCAUUGUGUAUCAGUUUCCGUGAAAAACCUAAAUACCACUUACCUCAAGUUAAGCCUAUGUGUUACUUCAAGUAACGCGUUUUGACAUAGGAUGGUGGACUGUGGCGCUUUUCUUUGGCUUCAGGUCACCAUCGCUUCACUCAAACUGCACUUUUAGCCAGAGAUGCAAUAUAUCCCCACUACUCAAUACUACCUCUGAAUGUUACAUUAAUUUACAGUUUAUUACUUAUUACAUGCUGCUAUCCACAAGCAAUGCAAGAAAAAAACCGAAUGGGUGGGUGAUGCUGAUCACCUGCGAUCUUUUUUGUACACUUAAUUACAGUUAAAGAAGCAGUCUCCUUACUGUGUUUCAGCAUGGCUAUGUAUUUUUCUAUGUGUUUUUUUUUUUUAAUUAAAAUUUUACAAAUAAUUUUUUCAGCUUCUCUGCUAGAUUUCUACAUUAACUUGAAUAUUUUUUUAACCAAGUCGCUCCUAGGUUCUUAAGGAUAAUUUUCCUCGGUCACACUACAGGUCACACAAAAUUUGACUGUACUGUUUAAAUGUUAACCCUCCAAGUUUGUACCUCAAAUGAACUGUUUAAGGAAAUGGACUCAUUGACUUGCAAAGACCUACCUCCAGACUUCAAAAGGAAUGAACUUGUUACUUGCAGCCUUCAUUUUUGUCAAUGUUUGAAAUAGUUCAAAUCGCAGCUAUCCUUGGUCGCAACUAUUUUUGUAUAAGACAUUUGAUAGAAAGGAACGCUUUUUUACAUACUUUUGCAACUAAAUAAACGAAAUAAAGCCAACCUUCAAAGAAACUUGAAGCUUUGUAGGUGAGAUGCAACAAGUUCAGCUUUUGCAUGAUGCAAUCAAAAAUAUGUGUUUUUAAGAUUAGUUGAAUAUGAGAAAAUGCUUGACAAAUAUUUUCGUGUAUUUUACACAAAUGUGAUUUUUGUAAUAUGUCUCAGCCAGAUUUAUUUUAAGCGCUUCUUAUGUAGAGUUUUUAUUCCUUUCUCUCCUAGUGAGUGUGCUGACUUUUUAACAUGGUAUUAUCAACUGGGCCAGGAGGUAGUUUCUCAUGACGGCUUGUGUCAGUAUGGCUUUUAGUACCAAAGCCAAGUGAAACUCAAAACCGUCUCUCUUCCAGCCACUUC